AUGGCGGAAAGUUUGAGGUUUUGUUUACGGUGAAUUUGUUUUUCUGCAUCGAUGGAAGUUAAGUAAAUACUUGUAAAAGCAGAAUAAAGAAGCCAAAAUGGACUCCGUUAUGGAGGAUGAUCCAACUUUGCCGCUGGACCUGGAGAAAAGCACCAACCUUGCUCGCUUUAAAGAAGCCGUUGCAUCGGCGAAUUCGGGACGUCUUGGUCUUGGAGAAGAAGUCCUUGACAGCUCGAGACACUUUCAAGACAUUGGAAUUCAAAACUUCUCAGAAAUGAACGAAGGCAAAGAAGGCUCAGACUCCAAUUCUUCUCAAGUUAAAACAAUGAGAGACUAUGAAUUGCAAAUGUCAGACUUAAAAAAGGAGAAUUUUGGUUUGAAGUUAAGGAUUUACUUCCUUGAAGAAAGACUAAAGCACAGUGAUACUCCAGAGGACACCUUCAAACUUAAUAUAGAGCUGAAAGUUACAGUGGAAGAACUGAAGAAAGAACUGGUUGAAAAGCAACAACUGCUUAUUAAAGCCUCGGAUGCUGUUGAGAUGAUUGCAAACCACAGUGAUGCACAAAUAAAACAAUUGAAUGAUGAUCACUUAGGUGAACUACGGGAACUCGCAGAAAAAUAUGAAGGUCAAAUUAACAGCAUUGAGAAGGAACUUGUUGCAACUAAGCAUGACCUUGAGGAUGUUGCUGAAAGACUGACUGAGGCUGUGACUAUGAACCAACAAUUAAAUGAAAAACUACAUCAAAAUACCCAAGCAUACAAUGAGGACAGGAAACAGGAAACUGAAAACCUUAAUGUGAAAGACAAAAUGAUUGAUGAACUGAAUGAUGCUUUGGAAAAUCAACGGAAAGCAAACAAGGAACUUGAAAACAAGACCUGUAUACUUGAAGAAGAAAAGAAGAAAGCACAAGACACUUUAAGAAAACUUGUUGAAGGAGAGAAAAAACUAAAGAAUCUUGCAGAAGAACUGAACAAAAGGAACACAUCAUUUGAGGAAUUGAAAGAAAAGACAAAGAAACUAGAAAAGAUUAACAGAGAACUGAAAAACCAGCUUCAUGAGUCAGAAAGACAACAGUUGAGUUCAAGGAAUUCCGUUGAUAAUGAAGAACAGCAAAAAUUCAAGACCAAAAUUGGUGAUUUAGAAAAGAGUCUUGCAGCAGCUCGUGAAUCUGCUCACACUGCCAACAUGAAGUGGUAUCAGACAUUUGAAGAACACUCAGAAAUUGUGAGAUCAAGAGAUGGUACCAUUGCAUCACUUCAGAACAGCCUUGCUGCCAAGGAUAAAGAGAUUGAGAAACUGGUACAAUCAGUAUCAUCAAUGGACAUUGAGCUUCAAAGACUCACUGGAGACAAACAAGGCUUGCAGAUCAAGAUAGAUGAGAUUCUCAAAGAGAAAGACAAAGAAAUCACUGGACUUGCAAAGCAACUCAAGGAACUAUCAAAUCAAUGUACUAAUAAAACAAUUGAAUUAGAAGAAAAUUACAGAAAAGUUGUUAAUGACGCCCAGGAACAAGUUGGUAUCAAAGACAGAAUCAUUGAGAAAUUGACUUCAAGUAACAGUGAAAAGGAUAAAAUCAUUGAGGAUAUCAUAGAAGCUCUGAAAGUUUUAUCAUGUGAAGGAAGUAUUGUUGAGGAUACAAGUGAUAUCAAGGACACCUUAUUAAAGAAACUACAGAACCACAUCAAGCAAAAAGAAAGAGCUGUACAGGUGGCUCUAGAUGAGAAGUUCAGUGCUCUUGAAGAGAAAGACAAUGAAAUGCAACAGCUACGGCAGGCUAUAAGAGAGAGGGAUAGACUGAUUGAAAAAAUUAACUCAGCUGUUGUUGAUGCUGAACAACAGGCAAAGGUUUAUGAACAAACAAUUCAAGAGAAGGAAGCUGUUAUUCAGCAACUAAAGCGAAUCAAUCAAGAUCAGGAGAUUUCUCAUAAGGAUGCUCUUAACUCAGCAGCAGCCAUACAAAAGGAGAAUGACACCAUGUUCCAAAAAGUUAAGAGCUGUGUGGAAACAACGGAUAAAGAGCUUGUGGAGCUAAAAAAGUUUGUCCAAGAUGUCACUAAGAACUCUUCAAUGUCUGAUAAUAGCCUCAAGUUUCAAGAUCUAACAGAGGAAUUAAAAGAGAAAAAUAGCCUUCUGGAGCGCCUUCUUCAAGAGAGAACCCGUAUGAUGGCUGCCAAUGAGUCCAACUCACAGCGUUUGAUGGCAGCUUUGAGAGAAAAAGACAUCUUGUUGAAGGAUGCUUCUGAAGUGAUGAGUCGUGUACAAACAGAGAAGAACUCAACCAUUCAAAACCUACAAAGAUUACUGAAUAAUAAAGAGCAUGAACUGCAGUCUUCAGAAAACAACAAAGCUUGGGUGAAUCAAGAACAAGAACGGUUAAUCAAGAAGCUAAGAGCAGCUCUUAAAGAGAAAGACAAAGUGAUAGAGCAAUUGGUCGAAGGAAAUAAAGACAAAGAUCAGCUCCUUAUGGACCUACAGGAAUCUCUGAGGACACCAAAAAAGCAGAGGAAUCUAACAGAAGUGGCUGUACUACAGCAAACUGUGCAAGAACUUGAGGCAGCAUUAAGGAGUAAGAAAGCUGCAAUAAAAAAGCUACAGGAAGAAUACAAAGGAAAACUGAAAAGCUCUGAGGAAGAGUUGCAGAAUGUUGACAGUGCAAAUCAGUUAAAGAUCCAAAAUCUUCAACAAGAGCUGAAAGCUAAGGAAACAAUGCUGCAACAAUCAAAAGAGACAAUAGAAAAUCUUCACAGCAAGCUCAAAACAAUGCCAAUUAUAGAGGAUCUCAAGCAAAAGUUUGGUGAACAAAAUCAAGCACUUUUGGAAGCACAGAAAGCCAAAGAACAAGCACAGAUGGAAUUGGCUGUGUUAAAGAAGAAUAAACUAGAAUAUGAUGCAGAACUAAAGGCCAAACAUGACAACAUUGAUAUGCUGUCCCAUGCAGCCCACAUCAAAGAUGAAAUGAUCCAGGAAAUGCAGCAGUCACACAAAAAGCAACUUCAAGACAUGCAAGAUAAUGUUGGAUAUUAUCAGAGAAAGGCCCAUGACCUUGAGACCUCCAAUGAUGCUCUCAGACAGCAGCUGAGUGAGUGCAGUGAGCUGAACAAUUCACUACAAAGACAGUUAGAUACUGUACAAAGCAGGGUUAAAACACAGUCACCAUUAAGGCAGGAUCAGGAGGAGUUGAGCAGGCUUAGGGAAGAAGUUAUUAUGCUGAGAGCAAAAGUACAGCUAUCAACUCCACAGCGUGAGCAGACCUACAUUGGGGCUCGUGCAAAACAAAUGGAAGAGGAACUUCCAUAUCUACAGAAAGUGCUACAAGGUCAAGUUGAAGAAACAGUCAAACUCAAUGACAUCUUGAUGAAAGAGAGGGAGAUGUAUAUAAAUAUUGUGCAAAACAUGAGAUCACCAAACUCUGAUGCCAAUAAAAGCAGUUCAGCUGUUUCUCGUGAGCUCCAAACACUUAAAGCUCUGCGUAGUCAACUUGAAGAUGGCAUCCAUCAAAACACAGUUCUCAGAAACCAGCUCCAAGACCAAAUAACUUCACAGCAAACUAAAAAAUCCCCAGUGGUCCCCCCACAUUCACCAUAUGAUGCUGUUUACCAGAGAGAAAUUCAAGAACUGAAGUCAAGACUGGAGGACACUGAGCGCUGGAAUGCAUCACUGCAGGCUCGCCUUAAUCACUCUAUGGUUGAUGGUAAAUCAAAAGCUGAGGAAAGUCAAGCCAAGGAGACUGCACAGAAACUUGAAGAGCAAGUCCAUAACUUAACAAGAAGUCUUGAUCAGACCACAACACUAAACAACAGACUGAAUGCUGAGCUGGACAAAGUUAAUAAGACAAAUCAAAAGAUAUUAGCAGAAAAAGAUGCUGAAAUUAAUCGUCUAAGCUCUGAAAUCACAACCCUUCACGGACAACUAGAUACUGCAAAACACACCUUUGGUGAACUUGACAAUAGGUUGAAGGAUGCUAAUGUUAAACUGGAAUACUAUGCUAGAAAUGUUAAUGGAGAUUUUGAAGAUAUCCUUCUUGAACGGGAAAUAGAAGUAGACUCUCUUCGUGGUCAACUGAAGGAAUUUCAACUAAGGGCAGCAGCAAGUAUUGAAUUGAAUGAAAUGGCUGCACAGACCUCUCCAUUUGCUGAUAAAUCAAGCACUAAUAAACUGUCCAGGCAGCUUGCUGAAAGUCAGCAGUGGAAUGAAAACUAUAAAAGACUUCUAGAAGAAAAGGAUAAAGAAAUACAACGACUUAGAAAUUUGGAAAAUUCAACACAUCUGGAUAAUGACAUGGUCAUGCAAAAACUAAGAAAAGAGUAUGAAACAGGUAUCCAACUCAAUGAAGAUUUGAAGAAAAAACUUGAAAUGGACAUCAUGACCAAUAGCAAACCAAGUAGUAAACACCAAUCUCCCCCGCUACAAAUCCAAGACCUGCAUUAUUCUGUACACAGUGCACAAACUGAUAAAUUGAGAAAUGAAUUACAAGAACUUUACAAUUCAAACCAGAUGUUGAACCAGAAAUUGAUGGAAGUGAAAAAUACUUCAAGCGAGUUGGCACUUGUUAAGAGAGAAUUAAAGCAAUCUCAGAUCAUGAAUGAACAGUUAGGAAAGCAGUUAGCAGAUGUCUUGAGUCAUGUUGAAAAACUGAAGUCACAAAACAUGCAGUUGAAGUCUGAUGUUGAUGACAAAAAACAACAAAUUGACAGACUUAACCAAGAAAUUCACAUUCUGCGUUCUUCACCAGCUAAACAUACGAGUAAGUCUCAAACCAGCCCUAGUCUUUCAAGCCCACCAGCUGUGACUCGUAAGAUCACUCCACCUAGACAUGAGGUCUCCCCUACUGGUGUCAUUGAGAAAAUGCACAAACUUAACCAAACAUUAAUGGCUGAAAACCAGUUCUUGAGGAACAAACUAAAACAAAAUGAGCGAUAUGCCACAACAUUGAAAGAUGAAUUAGAACUUUAUAACAGAAUGAAAAAAGACACUACAGCAAGCCAAACAGCAACUCAACAAAUGGACCUUGCUGCUUAUAUGAAUGAGAUGCGGGAAUUACGUAUGCGCUUAGAAGAAAGUAUUAACACUAAUGACAAACUACGGGCUCAGCUUGAAAAGCGUAUGGCAGGUGAAGACAUUGAUGGAGCCAAGGCUGUUAUUUCAUCAGAAGAGUCAUUACAAUAUAUCAAUGAUAAUGAACGUUUACGAGCUGAACUUUUGGCCAAAGACAAGGCAAAUGAUGACCUAAAAGAAAAACUUGAAGAAAUGUCUAAGAUCAGAGAAAUGGAAGCGAGUCAACUGAAUGCACUUCGCCAACAAGUGGCAGAUAAUCAUGAGGCUAUGGACAAUCUCCAGAAUGAACUGCGUAUCUAUGAACAGCUUUACAAAAUACCUGAACACCAUGAUACAAGUUAUGUCCGUGAAGGUCCAAGGAGUCCAAGUGCUUUUGAUAACAAUGCAGUAUUGAGCCUACUUGCAGAGAUAAGAAGGUUACGGCAGCAGCUUGAGAAAAGUAUUACUACCAAUAAUGCAUUGAGGGAAAAACUUGAGGAACAGCUUAAUCGACCAAUGAAAGACUCUCUCCAGUCUUCAAGGCCUUCCCUGUCUAGUGUGACAAGGAGAUUGGACAUGGAUGAAAAUAUGAAUAAUGAAAAAUCAGGUCUAUCAGUGCAUGGACAUGUUAAAGAUUUCAUAGAAUUACAGAACAAGGUUGAGUAUAUUAACAAUGAAGCUACUAAACUUCUGGGACAGAUAAAAAGUGAUGGCCAGUGUUUGUGGGUGAGGCAUGAAGUCAGUAAUAUACAAACCUUGGCAACUGACUGCAAGUCACUACUGAGUACAUUUAUAAUAGAUGACAGACCAGAAACAUACACAGAAGAAAGUAUACCUUCAAAAGAGAAUGUUACAUUGCGACAACAAAUAUCCAAACUGAAGAAGAAACUUGCUCAUCAAGAAGACGUCAUAAAGAGAGCAAGUCUUCAGCUUGAAGCAAGUUCCAAAAAGAAGGAAGGUUUACAGACUCAUUUGAUUGACAGAUUGUUGGAAUCACAGUCAGUGCUACAAAGGGCCAGAGGAAGCUUAGAGGAUUGUGCAAGACGAAACAGGCAGUCAAAAUCUUAGCUGGUGCUUUGCUUUAUUUAGUCUGGAUAGAAAAGUACCAGUUCAGAUAUCCAUAACACAGAAUAGCAACAUUCUGUUUUAUUGAAUGAUCAGUCUUUCUAAUUGUCAAUUAAAUAAAUAUAAAAAAACAUUGUAACAAAGGGCUGUAGCCACUGCAGGCUUGGUCCCACAGAACUACUUCACUUAAUUGUUAAAACAAUAUUUAGAUCUCGAUCAGCCGAAUGGGCUAUCAGCUCAUAGUCAACGAGGCCUAGAGAUCUAAUUGUUUUAAUAUUGCCAUACUAGUUGGACAAAAAAUGAAUGAAAUAUUUAAAUAACUAAAUGUUUUUAUUGCUUAAAAUAUGCAAAAAAUAUUGCUGCUUUUCACUAGUUGAGGACUAUUGUUUUUACUGGAUAUUGGGAUCUUUUAAUAACCAGGAUUCCUGUGCUAGUCUCUCGCUUUCCUACCACAGGGAACCCAAAGCAAAUUUUUGAUAAAAUAUACAGAUUAAUAUUUUUUAUGAUAUUUUUAUAAUAUUUUUACAACACAUAAAGUUAUUGAUGUAACAUGUACUUUGUAUAAAAGUAUAGGAGGUUUUAAUUUUGAUAUUAAAGCUGUCAUGUUAUAUUUGU